AUGAGGUCAGCGACAGUCUCUCUGGGGCUGAUCGGCGGCAUUUCCGCCCUUGGGAUUCCCCUCCCCGAGACCCUUGAACAACAGACCCUCGCCGGUAAUGUACAGAAAGAGCUUGUGAGCUCCUCCGGGUUGCAAGACCAAAUCCAUGUCAGCAACCUCCUCGAUCGGGCCAAGACUUUGUAUAGCAUUGCGGAGCGGGGGAUAGACGAAUACAACCACCCGACUCGUGUUAUCGGUAGCAAGGGACAUUUGGGAACGUUGGAUUAUAUCUACUCGACAAUAGUUGGGCUGGGCGACUACUACGAUGUUACAAACCAGUCUUUUCCAGCUGUCUCGGGCAACGUUUUUGAGUCUCGUCUCGUUAUCGGGCAUGAAGUGCCAGCGUCCGCCCGCCCUAUGGGGUUGACUCCACCAACAAGUAACAAAGAACCCGUCUACGGCGCACUGAAACUUGUCUCUAAUCAAGGGUGUGAGGAGGCCGACUAUCCCUCUGACCUUUCUGGUGCAAUCGCCUUGAUCGAACGCGGUACUUGCCCUUUCGGCACCAAAUCAGAAUUAGCCGGAAAGGCGGGUGCAAUCGCCGCAGUAGUUUAUAAUAACGAGCAAGGAGAGGUGAGCGGAACACUGGGAACUCCGUCGCCAAACCACGUUGCUACCUUUGGUAUAUCCGAUACCGACGCCGCGCCCUACGUUCAGCAGCUGAAGGAGGGAAAGAAGGUUGAUUCAAUAGCUUAUAUUGAUGCAACAGUCGACACGAUUGAGACCACAAACAUCAUUGCGCAAACGAAGGGAGGCGACCCCCAGAAUUGCGUAAUGCUUGGAGGUCACAGUGACAGUGUCCCGGAAGGACCUGGUAUCAAUGACGACGGUUCUGGCACUUUGACUCUUCUAGAGGUUGCGACUCAACUCACCAAAUAUAGCGUAAAUAACUGCGUACGUUUCGCGUGGUGGGCGGCUGAGGAAGAGGGCCUGUUGGGUUCCGACUACUAUGUAUCGGGUCUCAGCGAGGAGGAAAACUUGAAGAUCCGCCUCUUCAUGGAUUACGAUAUGUUGGCAUCCCCCAACUUUGCCUAUCAAGUUUACAAUGCCACCAAUGCCGUUAACCCUGCUGGGUCCGAGGAGUUGCGUGACCUUUACACCGAGUUCUACACCUCCCACGGACUCAACUUCACCUACAUUCCUUUCGAUGGAAGGAGUGAUUACGAUGGCUUCAUUCGGAACGGUAUUCCCGGCGGUGGUAUUGCCACGGGGGCAGAGGGGGUGAAGACCAAGGAAGAACAGGCGAUGUUUGGGGGCAACGUAGGCGAUUGGUAUGACCCCUGCUAUCACCAGUUGUGCGAUGACCUCGGAAAUGUCAACGCCACUGCUUGGGAUAUCAACAGCAAGCUGGUUGCCCACACUGUUGCCACGUACGCAGUCUCGUUUGAUGGAUUCCCAGAACGGACGCGUACCAACAGUAACUCGAUGGAACUCGAGAAGCGUAAAUACCAUGGCCCUAAGCUACUCAUGUAA